AUGUGGUGGUCGUGGGUUGAAGUUGUCCAAGUGCGAAAGUACGCCGCAGAGUGGGUUUCGAUUUUUGCCAGCUCGCUCCUCGAAAACCGUGACUUUGGUGCACAAGGAACGGAACCACCAAGGGCUUUUGGUCCGGGCUCUGGUCCUCUUCGCUCCUUCAAAGCAGGCAAAGUGGACCCGCCCGCGUGCAAUUUGUUAGGGUUGGCCAACCCUCCAACCGAAAGGCCUGGAGGGGUGGUUCUGGAGUGGCACCUCUUCCCGCAACCUCAUACAAUUGAAAUUCCUACUCCCGACGACCUAGGUGCCUUUGGUAUUCCGACCGACGACAUCACAAAUCAGACAAAAUGGUACGCACGCGAAACGACGCCCCUCCUCCCGUCUGCAGGAGCUAAGAAGCAAAAGAAGAAGGUUCGUCGCAAACCCCGUGUUCCCAUCAAUGUAACUUGUCGAAAUAUCCCCCAACGAUACGCUACCCUCGGACGCCACUGCCUCUCUCAUCCAUCGACCAACCGACUUACCCAUCGUUAUAGGUCCAAGGGAAAGGUCAAGGACAAGGCCCAGCACGCCGUCAUCCUCGACAAGGCCACCUCCGACAAGCUCUACAAGGAUGUUCAGUCCUACCGCCUGGUGACCGUCGCCGUCCUCGUCGAUCGUCUCAAGAUCAACGGCUCCCUGGCCCGCAGAUGUCUUGCCGACCUCGAGGAGAAGGGCAUCAUUAAGCCCGUUGUCCAGCACAGCAAGAUGAAGAUCUACACCCGUGCCGUCGGUGGUACUGACUAA